AUGUCGCUCAAAGAUAAGGUCGUCGUCAUUACCGGCGCAGCGUCGGGCAUGGGCCUCGAAACCGCUCGUCUCUUUGCCAGCAAAGGCGCCAAACUCUCUCUUGCCGACAUCCAGGCCGAGCGCCUCAAUGAGUUGCACAAGGAGCUUACGGAAACAAUUCCAGACGUGAAAGUCAUGAUCAUGGCCGUCGACGUCUCGAAGCGUGAGGAAGUUGAAGGCUGGGUUUCCCGGACGGUGGAGGCCUUCGGCAAGCUUGACGGCUGUGCCAACUUGGCGGGCGUCAUUGGAAAGCAAAGCAACGCCGUUCCCAUCGAAGGUGUAGACGACGACGAUUGGGACUUCAUCUACGGAGUCAAUGUCAUUGGGCUGAGGAACUGCCUGAGGGCACAAAUCCCGCACAUGAAUGAGGGCGGUUCGAUAGUCAAUGCCUCAAGCAUUCUGGGACUCAUUGGCGCGGCCAACAACCUGGCAUAUGCGAGUAGCAAGCAUGCGAUUAUUGGGAUGACAAGAGUUGCUGCGAAAGAGUUGGGUCCAAAGAAGAUUAGGUGCAAUUGUUUCUGCCCUGGACCGGUAGAUACACCGAUGCUAAGAAACAGCUAUGAGAUCCUAGGAAAGGAGGUGGACUAUGGGUUCCUGCCGCUGGGUAGGACGGCAGAUCAGAAGGAAAUCCCGGCGACUGUCGAGUUCCUGAUCUCAGAUGCCAGCUCGUUCAUCACAGGGGUUGCGCUGCCUGUUGAUGUGCCAAGCCUAGUCCUGAUUGGGCAGCAUGAGUGA